GUGUUAUCUUCCUAAAAUAUUUUCGAUUUCAUUUUGUAAUCGCCAAAUCAAAGAUUUAAGGAGUUCAAGAACAUAACCUCACAUUUAAUUUCUUGCGUUAAAUUAGAUAAAAAAUGUUACUUUAUUUAUUAAGAUUACCCCGGUUUAACAUCAAGCGUUUAUCUCGAUUAUCAAGAUUUAAUUCGACGUCUAUUCAAGAAUUUGAUCAAGAUGAUAUAAUUGAUAAAGAUUAUCAAGCGUUAAUAGAACAAUAUUUACCUUCAAAUAUCGUACAUCGAUGUUUUAUAAUACAUCCUUACGUUAAGUGGGGCCCACAAAAAAUAAAGGAUGUUACACUAACCGGUCAAUUAGAUGAGGCAAUAGCUCUUGUAAAUAGUUUACAAUCAUGGAAAGUUGUUGAUAAAAUUUCGGUUCCUUUAGAAAGUUUAGAUAAAAAAUCUAUUUUUGGAAGUGGAACAAUAAAAAAAUUACAAGACACAAUUAAAAGAAACUCGUCAUUAACAUCAAUUUUUAUUAACAUGGAACAUUUAAAAACCUCCCAAAUGGAGGAAAUGGAAAAAAUAUUUGCCCUCCCAAUUUUUGAUCGCUACAACAUUGUUUUGCAAAUAUUAAGGUUACACGCUAUAAGUAAACAUGCUAAAUUACAAGUUGCAAUAGCCGAGUUACCUUACAUUAAAUCAAAAUUAAAAAAAAUAUCUUCACUUGGUACAGAUUACGAUACCAGAAGAUUAAUUUUGAAAAAUCGCGAGGAAAAACUUAAAGGGGCUAUUAAAAAAUUACGAUCUCAAAGAGAACUUUUACGAAAUCGCCGCAUUAAAGUAUCUUACCCUGUCGUUGCUGUUGUCGGUUACACAAACGCAGGAAAAACUUCUUUGAUUAAAUCACUAACAGGGGAUCAAAAAUUACAACCAAAAAAUCAACUUUUUGCUACUUUAGAUGUAACGCUACAUAACGGAGUUUUACCGUCGAAAUUAGAAGUUUUAUAUGUUGAUACAGUCGGGUUUUUAUCGCAAAUACCAACCGGAUUAAUCGAAUGUUUUAUAGCAACGUUAGAAGAUGCAUUACUUGCCGAUCUCAUUUUACACGUUGAAGAUUUAUCAAGCCCUAAUUUUACACAUCAAAGAAACCACGUUUUGGGAACAUUAAAAGCGUUAAGCGGAAAAAUGGGAACCGGAAACAUAUUGGAUAAAUUGAUUUCAAUUGGAAAUAAAUGUGAUAUUGAACAUAACAUUGAUACAAAAAAAAUUGAUGAUGAUUAUUUAAAAAUCUCGACUGUUAAAGAAAUAGGUAUCGAUGCUUUACGAGAGUUAAUCGAAAAGUUAAUCAUAAAAAAUACAAAUCGUCAUGUGAUUACGUUAAAUUUACCAAUUGGUGGUGAUGAAACUCGAUGGUUGUACAAAAAUUGUACGGUGAUUAAUGUGGGAGUUGAUGAAAAUAACAGUGAUCACCAUAACGUUAAAGUUAUUAUAACAUCAAUGUUACUAAAUAAAUUUAAACGCCAAUUUUGUUAAUUCUAAA